AUGGCCACCGAGAAGUGCGUGUCAGAAAGUGCAACGUCCAUCGAUCGUGUUGCAGUGAAAAUGCCAGUUUUUAUCCCGUCAGACCCAGAACUUUGGUUCUCUAUGUUAGAAAGCAGUUUGGAUGCCGCAGGAAUAGUUAAGGACAACACGAAGUUCGGGUAUGCGUUAAGUGCACUUGACCAAAAAUAUGCCCUCGAAGUUCGCGAUAUUAUCGUAAAACCAAGCAGUGAACGGACUUAUGAACUGCUAAAAAGUGAGUUAAUCAAGCGAAUGGGUGCAUCCCAAGAGCAAAACACCAAGCGAUUGCUGGAGAACGAACCACUUGGAGAUCGCAAGCCAGUGCAGUUCCUUCGACAUUUGCGCAAUCUUGCCAGCUGUGAAUUCCCCGAGGAUGUUCUGCAAACCCUGUGGCUAACUCGCCUACCGAAAAUUGUCCAGGCCCUGCUAGCUGCACAUAAGGACUUACCAUUAGCGAAGAGAGCGGAGAUUGCUGACACCAUUAUGGAAGCGUAUGGACAAUUUAACAACAUUGCCGAAACGUCAACAAAGACUAACACGGUUAACAGCAGAUUGGAUUUUUUGGAAAAUGCGUUAACAACAGCCCUGCAGGAAUUAGCCGCAAUUAAAAUCAACCAGGCUCCUCCACAUCAGCCUCGACGUUUUCGAAGAAAAUCACGCUCACGUUCACGUUCACAGCCAAGAGGAAAAAGUGACACUUGCUGGUACCAUGUGCGUUUCGGGAAUAAUGCAGAAAGAUGUACGAAACCCUGUAACUUCGAAGCCAAUUCUCCGGGAAACGACAUGGGCAGUCGUUGA